UCCCCUAACAGUCGCACUACAGCGCGCUCCGCCUUCAGAGCUCAGCUCCCCCCCACUAUGGGUAGAUUCAUCAGCUCCGCCCUCGGAUUCCAGUCAAUGGGCGGUACAAGGGUCUGUUCCACCCUGGGCGGUCCCCCCUUUUAAACCCGAGUCUCGGGAGAAUUUCACCCAAACCAUGACGGAUCUGGAGAAGCCCAAUAAAGGCCACAUGUUCGACGUAGUCGUGAUUGGAGGCGGCAUCUCAGGAUUGGCUGCUGCCAAACUAUUGUCCGAAUACAAAAUUAAUGUCUUGGUUUUGGAAGCCCGGGAUAGAGUUGGAGGGAGAACAUAUACUGUGAGGAAUGAGCAUGUUCAAUGGGUAGAUGUUGGUGGAGCCUAUGUGGGACCAACCCAGAACAGAAUCUUACGCUUGUCUAAGGAGCUAGGCAUAGAGACCUAUAAAGUGAAUGUUAAUGAGCGUCUAGUUCAAUAUGUCAAGGGGAAAUCUUACCCAUUUCGUGGUGCAUUUCCACCUGUGUGGAACCCCUUGGCAUAUUUGGAUUACAACAACCUGUGGAGGACAAUGGAUGAAAUGGGAAAAGAGAUCCCCGUUGAUGCACCGUGGCAAGCAAGACAUGCUGAGGAAUGGGACAUGAUGACCAUGAAAGAUCUCAUUGAUAAAAUCUGUUGGACAAAAACUGCUCGGGAAUUUGCUUAUCUUUUCGUGAACAUUAAUGUGACUUCUGAGCCUCAUGAGGUAUCUGCCUUGUGGUUCUUGUGGUAUGUGAGGCAGUGUGGGGGCACCUCUCGGAUAUUUUCAGUCACCAAUGGCGGCCAGGAACGGAAAUUUGUAGGUGGAUCUGGCCAAGUAAGUGAACGGAUAAUGGUCCUCCUUGGGGAUAAAGUGAAGCUGAGCUCUCCUGUUACUUAUAUCGACCAAACAGAUGACAACAUCAUUGUAGAAACACUGAAUCAUGAACACUAUGAGUGCAAAUAUGUAAUUAGUGCCAUCCCACCAGUUUUGACUGCCAAGAUCCACUUUAAACCAGAGCUUCCACCUGAGAGAAAUCAGUUAAUUCAGCGUCUUCCAAUGGGGGCUGUCAUCAAGUGCAUGGUGUAUUACCAAGAAGCCUUCUGGAAGAAAAAGGACUAUUGUGGCUGCAUGAUCAUUGAAGAUGAGGAGGCUCCAAUUUCAAUCACUCUGGAUGACACUAAACCAGAUGGGUCACUGCCUGCCAUCAUGGGCUUCAUACUUGCCCGGAAAGCUGAUCGACUUGCUAAACUACAUAAAGACUUAAGGAAGAAGAAAAUCUGUGAGCUGUAUGCCAAAGUUCUGGGAUCUCAAGAAGCUUUAUAUCCAGUCCAUUAUGAAGAGAAGAACUGGUGUGAGGAGCAGUACUCCGGGGGCUGCUAUACAGCCUACUUCCCUCCUGGCAUCAUGACCCAGUAUGGAAGGGUGAUUCGCCAGCCAGUAGGCAGGAUUUACUUUGCAGGCACAGAGACAGCAACACAGUGGAGUGGCUACAUGGAAGGAGCAGUUGAAGCUGGAGAACGGGCAGCUAGAGAGGUCUUGAAUGCUCUAGGAAAAGUUGACAAGAAGGAUAUAUGGGUUCAAGAGCCUGAGUCCAAGGAUGUUCCAGCCCUUGAAAUGACCUACACCUUCUUAGAGAGGAACCUGCCUUCCGUACCUGGUCUGCUCAAGAUCACUGGGUUUUCCACUUCUGUGGCUCUUCUCUGCUUUGUAUUGUACAAGUUUAAACAGCCCCGAUUCUGAAGUUUUCACCCUCAGGCCUCCUGCUUGAUCAUCCUUAGCAAGAUCAGCAUGUAAAAGAAAGUGUGGAUGAAUUACAGCCUGUGUUUGGGGCCAUUUAAGUGCACUUGAUUUAACCCUCAUCAUUUUAAUUUCAUUCUUUGUAAAGUGAUUACAAAUCACUAGCUAAUUUCCCUAAGAACAAAUUUCAUCCUGUUUGUUAGACUAAUUUGUGUUGGUUGAUAGAAUAAAAUGUUGAGUGCUUAAUUUCAAAAGGUGAAGUGCUUAUGAGGAAUAAUUUCUGGGUUCUGUUUUUUUUUCUUUUUGCCUUUAAUACAUUUUGUAUUAAUAAUACAAUUAAUAGGUAAUGGUUUCAGAAAUAAAACACUUGACUUACUGUGACUUUUUGUGUAGCAUCCAAGGUGUAAGAUGUACAGACGAAAAUAUUGGCUGUUCCCUAGGUAUCCUCACUGGCUAGUUCCAUGUGAGAUACACUACAAUAGGCACUUCUUCUCUGGACUGUAUCUAGACAUGCAUUGAUCCUUGUCAGUAAUAUUCUGGGCUGAUUUAAGGAAAGUAGCAUUAUUUUAAUGUGGUCCCUGUCUGUUUGAUCAUAGAAUUCUAUUUCAGCCUACUACCUGUGUCUUCAACAUGACAAAAGAUUUGUCUUAGUUGAUAGUAUACCAUGUUUUCUCAAGUGCCAAAGUACAUAUGAAAUUUUCUCUAUUUGUCGAUUCAGUCAAAUACAGAAAUGAAAUUAGGGCUCUAUGUGUUAACAUGACUUGCUUUAAUUAUUAGGUUUUACAACAGACAUUAAAUUUAUAUAUGCAGACUGGGUUCUCUAUCUUAGGAGUGUUGAGGGUCCAGAAUGGUGCCUGUCUUUUCUCUUUCUCAUCUGAAAAACUGUCAAUUAAAAAAAACUUUCCAAAGGUUUUAACCACAAAGCACUUCUUUUAAAAAAAUGUAAACAUAUUUUUUAUUUAAGAAGAAUCAUACCAGCAUAUGCUGGCCAACCCAAGUUUAUUAUACAAGCUCUGUCCUAAAUGUAAAUUUAAGCCUCUAGAUGCUAAUGUGAGGACUUAGGGUCUUUAAAGUUUUGCCCAAAGGAAGAGCAAAGAUCUAGAUUUUCUAUCCUGCUCUAUCUUGUAAUUCAAAAGCAUUUUAACUAACUUAAAAGAUUCAGUGAUGUUUUAGAUCUUCUCCAGUCCAUAAGGAGUUGCCUCAAUUCAUAUCAAACUGCAGCGAGAACUCUCAGUACUAAUCUGUUCCAGUUGUGUGUAUUAACGUAGUCUCGACUCAUCUUGAAAUGAUUUAAAUGCCUAAAUUGGCAAGAGGUCUAAAAGUAUUCAUUAUUAAAGUAUUAAAGUAUUGUUAACAUUGAACUGUUGGAUAUUGAAAACCUCCUGAGUUUGCAGUUUACUCCCCUCUGCUUCUUAGAAAAUCAAUUAAUCUAGCCUAAUGAUAUCAACCAUAUUAAGCUACAGCUUGGGUAUUAAAAGGAUUUUCAGUAUAGAUGUGCUUAGACAUGUAAUGGGAGUUGAGAAACACUAUAUGUGAGGUUGUCUACCACAAAGUUAAUGUGGUUCUUUGAAACAGAAACAAAUGACAUUUCAAGAGAUUGACAAUCCCCUUCAUAGAUAUGAAGGCCAGUUGGCCUUUCUCCAUAGUUAGGAUGAGAAUUGGUUUUUAAAAAGUACACCUUUUGUCAUAGCUGUUAAAUAUGGUCUCAUAUUACACCAAAAAAACCCCUAAACUUUAAUGUUUUGUUUGAUGGUUGUGAACUUGUUACUUAAUGUUCCAUGUCUAAAGUUGGUCCUAGAGCUACAUAUGGGCAUAUGUAUAUGAUUUGCCACUGAAGUAAGAUAUUGUCUGUGUGGUACUGAGUUUUGUUGUUGCUCUUAAUAAAAUAUGAUACCACCCUUCAUUUA